AUGGGCGCGCUGCUGUGGUGGGACCCGCUGCGGGCCGGCAGCUCGGAGGUGGACUGGUGUGAGGACAACUACACCAUCGUGCCUGCCAUCGCCGAGUUCUACAAUACGAUAAGCAACAUCUUGUUUUUCAUUUUACCACCCAUAUGUAUGUGCUUGUUCCGUCAAUACGCAAUCUGCUUCAACAGUGGAAUAUAUUUAAUAUGGAUUCUAUUAGUCGUGGUUGGAAUUGGAUCUGUUUAUUUUCAUGCUACCCUCAGUUUCUUGGGCCAGAUGCUGGAUGAGCUGGCUAUUCUCUGGGUUCUGAUGUGUGCUCUUGCCAUGUGGUUCCCUAGGAGAUACCUGCCCAGAGUUUUUAGAAAUGACAGGAGUCGGUUUAAAGCUGCUGUGGGUGUCUUGUCUGGAGUUACCACCUGCCUGGCCUUCAUUAAGCCUGCCAUUAACAACAUCUCGCUAAUGACGCUGGGAGUUCCCUGCACAGCUUUGCUCAUUGCUGAGUUGAAGAGGUGUGAAAACCUGCGUGUAUACAAACUGGGUCUCUUUUCAGGUCUUUGGUGGAUGCUAGCACUUUUCUGCUGGAUCAGUGACAAAGUGUUUUGUGAGAUCUGGUCCUCAUUUAACUUUCCCUAUUUGCACUGUGUAUGGCACAUUUUGAUUUGCCUUGCGGCUUAUCUAGGAUGUGUCUGCUUUGCUUACUUUGAUGCUGCCUCUGAGAUCCCUGAGCAGGGCCCUGUCAUAAAGUUCUGGCCCAGUGAAAGGUGGGCAUUCAUUGGAGUUCCCUAUGUCACCCUUCUCUGCGCACACAAAAAAACAUCUGUGAAGAUUACAUGAACUUGGAAGCCAUGGAAUGGGGAUGGAUUUUCAACUUAUAUUCCAUCACAGACAAUAUUUACAUAAUGAUAAAUGACUAGUGUUGUAUUUUCCUUUCUUCCUAAGACAGGCAGCACUUCAAGUUUCAUAGGAAGAGGAGGGAAGUGUGUUCAUUCCUCUCUGAAGAAGAGAGAGGAAGCAAGAACAUG